CUGGCUCCGCUGCGUGGCUGCCGGGCAUUAGGACCCGGCGGUUGCUCAGUGGAGGAGGCUGAAGCUCCCUCCCGCUGUCAUCCUCGCUGCCUCUGCAGCUUAAUUCCUCAUCUCCUUCAAUGGUGACUGACUACCUCCCGCCCGGAGUGGCAGCCGGAGCGACAAGGCCUCGCUACGACUAGCUCCCAGGAGCGGUUCCUGGCCGGCUCCAUGGCAUCUCCCAGGACUAUCACCAUCAUCGCCCUCUCGGUGGCCCUGGGGCUCUUCUUCGUCUUCAUGGGGACCAUCAAACUGACCCCGCGGCUCAGCAGAGAUGCCUACAACGAGAUGAAACGAGCUUACAAAAGCUACGUGCGGGCCCUCCCCAUGCUAAAGAAGAUGGGAGUCAGCUCCAUCCUUCUCCGCAAGAGCAUCGGUGCCCUAGAAGUGGCAUGUGGCAUUGUCAUGACAUUGGUGCCUGGUCGCCCCAAAGACGUGGCCAACUUUCUCCUCCUCCUCCUUGUGCUGGCUGUGCUCUUUUUCCACCAGCUGGUGGGGGAUCCACUCAAGCGUUACGCCCAUGCCCUAGUCUUUGGGAUUCUGCUCACCUGUCGCCUGCUGAUUGCUCGCCAGCCUGAGGAACAGCCACCAGAAAAGAGGAUCCUCUCAGUGAACGGGGAUGAGCAGCCACUCAUCCAAGAAGCAGCUUCUGAGAAAGGCAAAAUGAAGGUAUCCUAGUAGAGUGCGUGUGGGAAAUACGGACCCUCGAGGCAGCUCCCUCCAAAGUCACCCAGAAAAUUUGGGGUUUAUUUACUUAUUUAUAUAUUCCACAACCCUUUUUUUUUUUUUUUUUUUUUUUGUCUAAAUAAAGUUGCUUUUGGGGUCUGUGAGACACAUGGUAUGUCUACACUGUAGUCUUGCUUUUGCUGCUGCCCUGUAAUUCAGAAAAACACAAGCUAGCUUUCACCAAGACAGCAUGGAGGCAGUUGGCAGCCUGCUUGGAGUAGUGCUGGCCUCAGCAUGAGCUGCAAAAACAGCCUGAGAGCACGGGCAAAGAGUUGAGCAGGUAGUCAUGCUAACUUGGUACUGCUGCAGGGGGGAGAGUCACCUCUGAACAUCAGCCCUGAGCGCCAUGGCACUUGAAACCUAGUCUGGAUGCACUUGUCCAACAUGGCAGUGGGGUGUAACAGCAGCUGGGUAGAACGUAACCAGGGUGUCCCUGUGCAGGCUUGUGCAGCCCCAUCCACAAACCUACAUUUCCUUCUCCAUAGUCAAGCGUGGAAAGAACCCUACUGAGCAUAAAAGUGUCAUGCUUGAGAGAGGAAUCCCUUAACCUUUGCUGCUUCUGUGUCCAGUCCUUUCUUUUAGACUGGUUAUCCAGGGAAAAUACUCACUGGCAAAUACCAUUCUGCUCCCUAUUUCCUUGUUAAGAAACAGAAUCUCCUUUUCCACAGCUACUGUAAGAGUUGUCAGUUAUUGCUGAUAGAUGAGGGUCCUAACAUGCCCAGGUACCUCACUGUUCAUCCCCCAUACAGCUUUGGUGAGCAGGGGAUGGUGGUGGUGGGGAAAGUCCUGUCACUAGAGCCUGAAUCCUUUGUGUGUUGUAUCUGAAAUCUUAGAGAGUGUCAUAGGAAGCAUGUGUUACCUCUUGAGUUUGUUUGGUUUCAUUUUUUUCCUUGAUGUUUGUCUUGUUUUCAGUUUUUCCUUAUUUUCUUAUUCAUGAAAAUAAAACUUUUUGAAAUUUGGAGAAAAA